ACAAAGUUUCCUUGUUGAACCCACCCCUUUCUGAACAGACAUAAAAGGAACGGAAACAUUGUGAUUUCAUUCUGUUCCCGACACACGAUGGAUCUGCGAGUCUCUGUCGUUCUUCUUUUCUUUUUUCUCACUGGAGGAUAUUCUCUCCAGUGUUACACGUGUGUGACUGAUUCAUGGGGUAACUGUAAAGCAACAGUGGAGACAUGUCCAGAUGAUUGUUUUGCAUGUUCAACAUGUACAGCGAGUCUAUCAAAUGGUUACAAAAACAUGAACUUCACAAUUAAAGGGUGUGCAAGUCAAUGUCAAAGUGCAAAAGUACGGACACCACGUGGUCCAUCAAUGGAUGUCAGCUGCUGUAUGAGUGACCGUUGCAAUGCAGCCUUUGUAUCCAGAGCAGCAGAUGGAGAUGGAGUGUUUAAGGGAAGCUUCCUCCUGCUCUUCUCUCCUCUGCUCUUCUACUUCCUGUUUCAGUGAGUCCAGAUUCAAGACUUCAGAUUCUACAGUGAAGACCAGCACAAAAACACAUUCUUUCAUACACAGAAAAUGAGAUACUUUGAGAAAGUAUAAGAUUACACAAGAGUGUGUAAACACACUUAUGCAUAAAUCAUGAAAAUGUGAUUGUGGUUGUUCAUCUAGUAGGUUAACCAAUCAAAUGUCUGAAAUUCUUAGAAGCAAUAUGUUUUAAUUUUGUUUUCAAGGUCUUUUAUUUUUCUUUCUAUUUGUUUCUUGUUUCCUGAGUUUGUAUAAUAACUAAUGAUUUUUACAGUGGAAAUUAAUAACUUUUUUCUAGAGCUGCUGUACAGCCAAAACAAUCUCUGUUCCAGUAAUUUCCUAGUAUCACUGUAAAGCUGCUUUGAAACAAUCUGUAUUGUAAAAAGCACUUUAUAAAUGAAGGUGAUUAAACUUAUUUUGUUCA